AUGCCCCUCGACCUACGAUCCUCCAAACAGGCACUGAAGUCUGUCUUGUACCACGUGUACACAAUGUGGCUCUUCGUCUUCAGCGAUUUGAAAACCAUUGUCGUACCAAGUACCAUUUUCGGAAUCGCCAAUACUUGGUCGGCCUCGAAAUACGAUCUGCACGUUCCUGGAGCCUUGAUGUUUCCCCACAACGUCUCCGAUAUGGCAGAGUUAAUCGGGCGAGCUUUGAUACUUUUAUCAUGGCUGAUAAUGAACUUUCUCCCGUUUGCAAUAAACAAUCAACGCGGCGAGAGGGCCGUCGCCGAGGAUCGUUUGAACAAACCGUGGCGACCAUUUCCUUGUGGGCGGAUUUCCCACCAGUCGGGGACACGACUCAUGGUCGCGCUCUAUGUGCUUGCGCCGAUAUAUAGUUUGGUCUUCACUGGGGGGCUCCGACAUGCGCUUGCCUUGAUAUGGCUGGGUGUCUGGUAUAACAACUGGGGCGGUGCGGACAAGAACCCCUUCGUCCGAAACACCAUCAACGCACUGGGAUAUACCUGUUUCACGUCAGGGGCCAUGGAAGUGGCUUCUGGUGGCUCAUCACUGCCUCUCAGCCCAUUUGGGUUGCUGGGUCAGUGGCAUCUAGUCCUGAUCGGAGUUAUCUUAUCCACGGUGCACUUGCAGGAUAUGUCCGAUCAGGCCGGCGAUGCGGGCAGGGGUCGUUGUACGGCACCGUUGGUGUGGAGUGAUAAUACUGCACGAUGGACCAUCUUUGUACCCAUGGUCUUCUGGGGAUUGUGUUGCCCUAUUUUGUGGGAUGUUCCAUGGGGUUGGUUUAUCGCCAGUACCGCAUUGGCUUGGCUCGUGGCGGCUCGGACUUUAUUUGUUCGUGAUGUUGGCGGAGAUAAGCGGACUUUUCAGCUUUGGAACUGUUGGAUUGUUGUGAUCUACAUGCUUCCGCUGUUUUCGAGGACCUGCAUGCGGGGAUUCUCCUGA